AUGCCUUUCUUUCUUCCUGACUGCCAUGAUCUCUAUCCGGUCGGCGCGACGACCUUUGUAACUCCCGUGAGGCCAUCUCGUACAUAUGGCUUUGCAAAACUGUCCAAUGGACAGUCUGCUCUUGUCCUAGACGAAAUCACGUUUACAGCAUACUAUCCCGCCAACUUAACGAGUGGCAAAUGGUGGAAAUCGAAACGUGGAAUUGACUGGUUAAACAGACCUCUGAAUGAGACUUGGCACGGGUUUGUCAAUUUUGCACAAAAUUUUCCGUCUUGGCUUCUUUGGCCUCUUGUGUAUCUGUAUGGAGCAUUUAUCAAGGCUAGUGUGCCUGUAUAUCCCAAUGCCCCCCUUCUUCGAACGAAGCAGUGGCCCUUAGUCAUUUUUUCUCAUGGACUUGGAGGUAGCCGUACCACUUAUAGCCAGAUAUGCUCGCGAAUAGCGACUUCAGGACGUGUUGUCCUAGCUAUCGAACAUCAAGAUGGCACCGCACCUGCAUGUGUCACUCGAGAAUGGGGCGUCGAAGGUACCCGUAGACCAAGAGUAGUAAGAUAUAUGCAAGAAAAUGAUGUCAAAUGGGAGCGGGAACCCCCGUCCAAUCUUCUGUACCCUCUUAGGACGGAUCAGCUGGCGUUCCGACAGCAUGAAGUAUACCUUACACAUUCCAUCUUCUCUUCACUUGUACGAAACGAUGAGAAUCUGCUGCUGGAAACUAUCGACGGCUCUGCUAUAGACUGGGACAGUUGGUCGGCCCGCGAUGACGAGGCGGAAACGGUACAGUGCAGCGAAAACGUUACCUUGGCUGGGCAUUCAUUUGGGGGUUGCACUAUGUUCUAUAUUUUAUCCGCUGGACACUCUGAAUGGGUAGCCCCAAUAUCGGUUUCCAAUGCGUUGAUCUUCGACCCAUGGCUAGAUCCUAUACCCUCGCCAUGUCCCGAACAUCUCAACCAAGAUCCCAAAAUAGUCUCGCUUCCAAGACUCUUGGUUCUUAGUUCAGAGAACUUCACUCUUUGGAAGGAACACUUUAAACGUCUGAAGAAUACUGUGAGGCUUUGGGAUGCCGACGGAACCUUGUUGACGUUAGUACGCGCGCGGCAUGAAACGUUUUCUGAUUUACCUCUUUUGCCCUGGGUUCGGGAUAAGGCCAGCCUGCGAUUUAUGAAUGUCAUUGCCCGACUUUCUAAUGCGUUUUUGGACAAUCAACUCAACGAAACCCUGAAUACUCAGCGAACGUCAAAAAUGGAAAUUGAGAUCGUUGGGAAGCGGAAAGAUGGACGGCCGAAGAGACAGAUAAAAGGAUCUCCUGGUGACAUUGUCGUACAUUGA